GAUUAUUUCUGUGUGGCAAAAAGACUGGUUUCCAUAGUGUAGUUGUUUUUUUUCCCCCACCUAUUCCACUGAGUUCGAUUUUUUAUUUGUCAACUGGGUUGUCAGUUGUCAGUUUUCUUUUCCGGUUUAUCUGUGGGACACGCGAGACGUCUACCACAGGCUCUCCAAGAUGGGCGCGUACAGAUAUAUACAGGAGUUGUAUAGGAAAAAGUUGAGCGAUGUUAUGCGUUUCCUUUUGCGCGUGAGGGUAUGGCAAUACCGUCAAUUGACUCGUAUGCACCGCGCCCCCAGGCCCACGAGGCCCGACAAGGCGAGGAGGCUUGGAUUCCGCGCUAAGCAAGGCUAUGUGAUCUUCAGAAUCCGCGUGCGCCGCGGUGGCCGCAAGCGCCCGGUUGCCAAGGGAGCCACCUAUGGCAAGCCCAAGAGCCACGGUGUCAACCAGCUGAAGCCCACACGCAACUUGCAGUCUAUUGCUGAGGAGCGUGUUGGUCGCCGUUGCGGUGGUCUCCGCGUCCUCAACUCAUACUGGGUUGCCCAGGACUCUUCCUACAAAUACUUUGAGGUCAUCCUGGUCGACCCCUCACACAAGGCUAUCCGCCGCGAUCCUAAGAUCAACUGGAUCGUGAACGCUGUACACAAGCACCGUGAGAUGCGCGGUCUUACAUCUGCCGGCCGCAGCUCUCGUGGUCUCGGCAAGGGUCACCGCUUCUCCCAGACCAAGGGAGGCUCGCGCCGCGCUGCCUGGAUCCGCCGAAACACACUCCAGCUGCGACGCAAGCGAUAAACAGCCCUAUGCACCAGUCAUUGACUUUCUAUUUGAUUGUUUUUAUUUUCACAUGGAAAGCCAGUGGUUGAUUAAAUUUUACUACCAAAA